GUGACCAUAGUUUGCAGUUCUGUUAUCCGCCGCAUGUGGCGCUGUGCUAAAAGAGGCGGUGUGAUUGUUGAUUCCAUCUUGCUUAUCCGGCGUACUGGUUAAGAAGUUCCCAUCGGCGCCGAGUUAACUAAACACUACACUAACUAUCUUUCUGCGCUAACUAGCUUCUUUUACGUAUCAGCUGAAGUGAAAUACUCCUAGCAGUAAUCGCUAAGCCCUUGCGCCGUCAUGUCGCGUCCUGUGGCUUGUCACAGAAAUGUGGUGCCGUUGUGAAAUUCAUAUAAACAGCUUCUGUCUGCUCAGCUAGGUUACUAGCUGGUUAGCCAGCAUGAUCUAUAUGAAUAUGAGCCACUUUCAGCAGUCACAAGCGUGACGUAACUCAUGGCAGCUAGAGACGUUCGGACGAUGGAGGACGAGUCCCCCACCUUAUGUCCUCGUCGCAUCCAGAACCAGAAUGUCGUCCACCGACUGGAGAAGCGGAGGAUCUGCUCCGGCCGGCCCGGGGCCCACUGGUACCGCGUGCGCUGCCUCCACCAGAACGUGUUCCCGAACUUCACUGUGGUCAACGUGGAGAAGCCGCCCUGCUUCCUGCGCAAGUUCUCCCCCGAUGGACGCUGCUUCAUCGCCUUCUCCUCGGAUCAGACCUCCUUGGAGAUCUACGAGUACCAGGGCUGCCAGGCGGCCGAGGACCUGCUGCUGGGUCAGGAGGGCGACACGCUGGCGGGGGGUCAUGACCAGAGGUCCUUGGGCGUGCGCGCGCGCCUCUUCGAGCGCUUCUUCUCACUGCUGCAUGUGACCAGCGUGGCGUCCAACGGCGAGCACCUGAACCGCGAGUGCAGCCUGUUCACAGAUGACGGGCGCUAUGUCAUCGUGGGCUCGGCGGCCUACCUCCCCGAGGAUCCGCACCCGCACUUCUUUGAGGUGUACCGUAACAACGAGUCGGUGACGCCCAACCCGCGCUCGCCGCUUGAGGACUAUUCGCUGCACGUGGUGGACCUGCACACGGGCCGACUGUGUGACACGCGUGCCUUCAAGUGCGACAAGAUCAUCCUGUCGCAUAACCAGGGUCUCUACCUCUACCGCAACAUCCUGGCCGUCCUCUCUGUGCAGCAGCAGACCAUCCAUGUCUUUCAGGUGACCCCAGAAGGCACCUUCCUGGACGUGCGGACGAUCGGACGCUUCUGCUACGAGGACGACCUGCUAACCCUGUCGGCUGUGUACCCAGAGGCGCGGGCAGAGGGCCAGCAGGGCUUUGCGCGUCUCUAUAAGGAGAAAGCCAUCAACUCGCUGAAGCACCGCCUGCUGGUGUACCUGUGGCGGCGUGCCGAGCGGGAUGGCAGCGCCGCCGCCAAGCGCCGUUUCUUCCAGUUCUUUGACCAGCUGCGCCAGCUGCGCAUGUGGAAGAUGCAGCUGCUGGACGAGAACCACCUGUUUAUCAAGUACACCAGUGAGGACGUGGUGACCCUGCGCGUCACCGACCCCUCCCAGCCCUCAUUCUUUGUAGUGUACAACAUGGUGUCCACUGAGGUGAUGGCUGUGUUUGAGAACACGUCCGACAGGCUGCUGGAGCUCUUCGAGAACUUCUGCGACCUGUUCCGCAACGCCACGCUGCACAGCGAGGCCGUGCAGUUCCCAUGCUCCGCCUCCAGCAACAACUAUGCGCGGCAGGUUCAAGGACACCAUUGUGAAUGCCAAGUAUGGUGGGCACACGGAGGCAGUGCGCCGUCUCCUGGGACAGUUGCCCAUCAGUGCCCAGUCCUACAGCAGCAGCCCUUAUCUGGACCUUUCACUCUUCAGCUACGAUGACAAGUGGGUGUCUGUGAUGGAGCGCCCCAAAACCUGCGGGGAUCACCCAAUCAGGUAACACGGUGAAUCGAGGAGGCGUGGCCCUGGGGUAUGUCACCAGCCAUGACUGCUGUUCGACUGCUGAGUCCCCCACCUUAAGUCCCCAUCGCAUCCAGAACAGAAUGUCUGGAGCAGCGGCGGUUCUGCUCACUGGUAUCAGGUUGCCUAGGUUUGAAGAUCUCUCUUGCGCAGUGGUAGGAUGGGUGUGUGGAGCUCGGUAGAAGAAAAUAGUUGCUACGUUAAACUGCUCACAAAAAAAGUCUGUAGAUGAUCCUGUGUAACCGGGUCAUAAUUUCUGGUGAGAUACGUGUUGUUGAAUUUUUCAGAUGUUUUUCUCUGGCUCUUUAAUCACAACAGAAAGAAUGUCAUUCACUCCCAUUAUAUAAGAGAAGACUUUUAUAUAAAAAUUUAUACAGCCAAUACCUCCAAAAGUAGGCAACUCUCAGCAGAACAACAUGGGUGGAUAUUCAGCACUAAAACUCCUCUAAAACAUCUUUUUCAGUUUUGGGGUGAACGGCCCCUUUAAGGUAAAAAAGUUUGUGAGCAUCCAGCAUGCAAUAAGUGUAUGUCUGUACAGACGUCUGAUAAGCAGUAAUGUCACUGCAUAUUUUUAGCAGUGAUUGCAUUCUAAGUACACCACGUAUCCAUCUGUUUUCCCCCAACUUUUGCUUUAAAUCAGGCAUUUUUUCCAGUGUUCCUUCUGUCUCACUUUUUUACAUGCUGAAGCUGCUUGUGUCUCGCCCCUGUAGGUUCUAUGCCCGAGAUUCCGGCUUACUGAAGUUCAAGAUCCAGGCGGGCCUGCUGGGCCGGCCCAUCAACCACACGGUGCGCAGGCUGGUCGCCUUCACCUUUCACCCGUUCGAACCCUUUGCCAUCUCAGUGCAGCGCA